AUGGCAACCGAGGAAAUCUACGAAGCCCUCGGGAUCACCCGAACUCGCGCUGCUGACGCCCGUUUCCUGAUGAGAGCCAGCUUCGGGCCUACACGCGAGACCUUGUCCGAGUUGAGUCAGAAGAGCCAUUCUGAUUGGAUCCUGGAGCAGAUGAGCCUUCCAGUCGAGUCCCUUCGCGAGUACUACCGCGAGCGCGUGAACCCUUUCUACAAGUCCGACGUGGACAGCGAGCGCGACUUCAAGCCUUACACCCCCUGCUCCCCUGGAUCUCGCUGGAGACGAUUCGUCUUCAUGCUGAGCGACAACAGGAAGCAGGUCCAGGUUGCUGGCGGCCAGAUCUUUGUGGAGGGCGCAUUCCGCUCAGAUAUUCCGACUGGCCUGUUUGCUUCUCGCUGGAGCGGACUCGGGAACUACUCUGCCUACAUUUGCUUUCUGGAAGAGGGUGUCGGCAACGAUGUGCACCUGUCCAGCGACCAAAGCUGUCACUGGCUAGCUUCGUCACAGCGUGAUGCGGCGGUGAGGUUGUUAGCUUCAGAUCUGAGGUCGGACCAGUCCAAAGUCACGGCCGUUUCGAUGCCUUUCCAGCAGGGCCUGCCCGACACACUACUCUUGCAGAGUCACUCUGAGCCCUGCUCGCUGGACGAGGCCCGGGCAGAAAGGAACCCUUCCAGCCACGACACGAACGGCUCACGCCAGGCUCUCAACCAGGUCGCCCAGGGGGAGCAGCUCUUGAUCCAGGCCCAGGGCGGCAUCUAUGCCUUCCAUCCUCGGGUUCAGCUUCAUACCAACACGCCCGGAAGCCCGAUGCCCGGGCUUUGCGUGCCCCCAUCCUUUCUCACCGAAGCAAACUGCAAAGCGCCGGAGAUUCUGCAAUCUCAGGGGCCUGCGGUGCCUGGCCUGCGCGCGGAAGUGCACGUGCUGAGCUCCAGCCCUUCAGGUUUCGUCAGCGAGACAUUGAGCCAACCCAGCUUCGCGUUCUUGGACCCUCAGAUUAACUAUCCUUCCUCCAGCAAUGCUUGGACCCCCGAGCUGCCAAGAGACUACUAUGCCAUCCGCUGGACGGGCACGCUGACAAUCCAGCAAGCUGGCGAGUACGAGUUCUUCCUGGAGUCGGACGAUGGGUCGAAGCUCGAUCUCGAUGGCUCCGAGGUGGUGAACAACGGCGGCUUCCACGGCAUGACGGAAAAGAGCGGCAAGGUCAAUCUCACUGCGGGAGGCCACGCUCUGAACAUUGAGUACUACGAGGGCAGCGGCGGUGCUGGAAUCCGCUUUCGGUGGCAGGGCCCUGACAGCAGCGGCACCAAGGAGAUCGUGCCAACCAGCGCCUUGCAGACUCCUCCGCCCAGCACAUCGAUCUGUCUUGCCUGUGGCUCACCGGGCGAGGUGGCCAAUGAUCCAGCCAAGGGGCACCAGUUUCGGUUCUACACCACCAGGGAUCGUGCAGACCAAGACCUGGACAACCACUUCUUCGACCGAUUCGCGGAUGAGUUGUCCAAGUCGACCGUGUGGACGGCCAAAGCCCUGUCUGCCAAGGAUCAGCUCCGCCAGCGCGUGGCUUGGGCAUUGUCUCAGAUCUUCGUCGUCAGCGCUAAUGGCUUCGGGAUGGACGACCGGACUGAGCUGUGGCUCAACUACUACGACAUCUUCGUCCGCAACGCCUUUGGCAACUUCCGCGAUGUGCUCCGGGAGGUCACCUACAAUCCACUCAUGGGCCGCUAUCUUACCAACACAGGGAGCUCCUCCUUCGACUACAACGGCCGCUUCCCAAACGAGAACUACGCCCGUGAGAUUAUGCAGCUCUUCUCGGUGGGCCUGGACUUGCUGCACCCGAACGGGACACUCCAGAGGGAUGCCCAGAACAACAGCAUCCCGACCUACGGCAUGGAGCAGAUCGUCAACUUUGCAAAGGUCUUCACAGGCUUCCGGGAGCGACCCUUCCGACCCAACAUCGAGAACGAAGACGACGACAACCUGAUCGAUCCGAUGAUCAUGGACUCCCAGAGGCAUGAUGUCCACCCGAAGCCCGACUUCUACGGCGGCUUCCUGGGCGAUGGGCUCCCUUCCUGUGCCGAGCCAGGGGUCCACAAGUUCCUUGCCAAGGGUGCCCGCUUUGAGUUCUAUCCCGUGGAUCACUUGGGGGAGGUGCUGGAAGUCUCCCAGGGUUCCGGACUCUAUGAUGCCUUCUGCUCCAAAGUUGGCAAUGAGUGCACCUUCCCUGCUACCUUGCUGCUGGACAAGACCCUGCAGUGCGCUGGUGCGGAGUGUGCGGCUGGCGACGUCAGCAUCGUCAAGGUCGACGCCAGGCACUACAUCUUCAUCCCUCCGCCAUGCGUAUACUCGUAUUUCAAGGCAGUGCCAUUCAAUGCCUCGGUCGGCCUCUUUGCCCUCGAAGAGGCGGAGUUUUGCCCAGAUGGCUCGCAUAUUGAGGACCAGGCUGCCUGCGAGCAGGCUAUUCUGGCCGUCUACGGCUCACACGACGGCAAUCCCUACACCAAUCCAAAAACCUGGUAUCCCAAGGGCUGUUCGUACAGAGGGGGCCGCAUGUACUUCAACACGGACCCCGUGGGCAGAACCAAGUGGGGCGACUACCGACCCAUUUGCUUCUCACAUCUGUUUGUCCACGAGGAUGGCAAGGCCAGCGCAGAUGGUGUCGAGGCCAACAACUUUGCAGUCCAAUGGACAGGGGGAGUGCCCUCCAGCGGGAUGCAGUUCUUGAAGAUCGAGGCUGGGGCGGUCUUCAGUGAGACACCUUCCAAAGUGGAUGCAGUCAAGCAGCUCUUCGUCGGGGCAUACGUGCCGAACACGACGUGCUCAGUAUGCGGGGGGGAUGUGGAGGUGUUCCACCUUCCUGGAGACGGUCCGGCCAUCACGGCCAACACGAUCUUCAAGGUGGACGGUAAGUUCUACAAGAACACCAUGAGUACUGUGCAUGUCGCCGGUUCUACCCUCCGAAACCCACCCGCAUUUCUGAGGGACCAGGGCGCAAGGCAAGCGGAUGCAGCCGCGCUGGCAGAAGUUGAGAGCCUCUUAGAUCAGCUGUUCAUGCACGAGAACACUGCGGUUUUCAUCAGCAAGAGGCUCAUCCAGAGAUUUGGCACGUCGAACCCCUCAGCGGCAUAUGUAGAGGCAGUGCAGCUUGCAUUCCGGGAAGGGGAGUACGGAGGCAUGCUUUUCUCGGGAAAGUACGGUGACUUGGCCGCCACCGUCGCGGCCGUCCUGUUACACAGCGACGGCGACAUGGAUGGCCACUUGUACCAGCAAUUCCACGGCAGCCUGCGGGAACCCAUGCUGAAGGUGCUUCACUUCAUGAGGUCCAUGGAAUAUCAGGACGUGGCCCAUAAAGACGUGGUCUUUCGCGAGCUCCAAGACGUGCUGGGCCAGUUUCCGUUCCAGUCGCCGAGCGUUUUCAACUUCUACUUGGCCGACUUCAACGUGCCCAUGCCGACGACGAGCAUGCCGGAACCGGAGCUCGAGUCCGAGCAGCUCGUGGCCGUGCGAGAAAUAGUGGCUCCCGAGUUUCAGAUCUUCACGCCGCCGCACUUCAUCGGAUUCCUCAACGGCAUGUCCUCCAUCAUCAAGAGCGGGGUCAGCGACCGGUGCGACAGCGGCAAAGGCUUCGGCAUCCGGCCCAACGCCUACGACGCCCUGUCCUGGGAGGAGAUUUGUCCCAUGGGACGACUUGUCUCCGAUCUGGGAGAUGAGAACGCCACCAUCGAGGAGCUGGACGUCCUGCUCACAGGCGGCCGCCUCACCGACGUUGCAAAAGACGUGGUUCGCAGUGCCUAUCGGCGCGCGCCGAAAGCCCAAAAACUGAAGCGUGCUCAACAGGCGGUGGUGAUGACCUCUGAGUUCAACACCUUCGGGGCGCCGCUGCCAAAAGCAGCGCCGCGUGCGGCAAGCCUGGGUGCCUCAGAAGGUUCGCAAAAGCCCUACAAGGCCACCAUCUUCCUCUUCUUGGCAGGGGGCGCCGACACUUGGAACAUGCUGGUGCCGCAAGACUGCGACCUCUACCAGGAGUAUGUGGAUGUACGGACAGACCUGCACCUCGAUCCAGAAGAUCUGAUCGCCAUCAACGUGUCGAACCAGCCGUGCCAGAAGUUCGGUAUCCAUGGUUCUUUCGACUACUUGAAGCAGCUUUAU